AUGGAUCGACGCACUCCCUAUACCCUGAGCGUUCUCGCUCCUAGCACUAAUGGAGCGGAUGAGUCCCGCUCACAAAUUCAAAAUAAAUUAAGAGAUUUUGUCCUCGAAUUCCAGUUGGACAAUGCUUUUAUCUACCGUGACCAAUUACGGCAGAAUGUUCUUGUAAAGCAAUACUACUGCGAUAUCGACAUCGCCCAUCUAAUUUCUUACAAUGAAGAGCUGGCCCACAAACUCACCACCGAGCCCGCCGAUAUUAUUCCUCUGUUUGAGCACGCUCUUCUGGACUGCACUCGCCGAAUCGUCUAUCCCGGUCAGCGUGAUAUCGAACUCCCCUCCCACCAACUUCUCCUCCACUCCUCGGCAUCUCACAUUUCCAUCCGUGACCUCAAUGCCACCAAUAUCUCCCACCUCGUCCGAAUUCCGGGUAUCGUGAUUGGCGCCUCGACUAUCUCAUCGAAAGCGACUACCGUCCACAUUCGCUGCAAGAAUUGCGACCACAGUGAAAAUAUCACUGUUGACGGUGGCUUCUCUGGUCUUUCGCUCCCACGACGAUGCGGUCGCAGCAAGGAGCCUGGUGAUCAACCCGGCGAGCAAUGUCCGCUGGACCCGUAUGUCGUGCACCAUGAAAAGUGUGAAUUCGUGGAUCAGCAAGUGCUCAAGCUCCAGGAGGCCCCCGAUCAGGUUCCAGUUGGUGAGCUUCCACGUCACGUUUUGAUCUCUGCGGAUCGUUACUUGGCCAACCGUGUUGUUCCUGGGUCUCGUUGCACGGUCAUGGGUAUUUUCUCUAUCUAUCAGGCAAAGGGUGUCAAGAAAGAGGCUGCAGUGGCCAUCCGCAACCCCUACCUGCGCGCCGUCGGUCUCAAUACAGACGUGGAUCAGACCGCCAAGGGUAACUCGAUCUUUACUGAGGAGGAGGAGCAGGAGUUCUUGGAGAUUAGCCGUCGCCCUGACCUGUACGAUGCUCUCGCCCGCAGUAUUGCUCCCUCCAUUUACGGUAAUCUGGAUAUGAAGAAGGCCAUCGUCUGUCUCCUGAUGGGUGGCUCGAAGAAGAUUCUUCCCGAUGGCAUGAAGCUGCGUGGUGAUAUCAACGUUCUCAUGCUGGGUGACCCUGGUACCGCCAAGUCCCAGCUGUUGAAGUUCGUCGAGAAGGCCGCUCCUAUCGCUAUCUACACCUCCGGAAAGGGCUCUUCGGCUGCCGGUUUGACGGCCUCUGUGCAACGUGACCCUGCUACCCGCGAGUUCUACCUGGAGGGUGGUGCCAUGGUUCUGGCUGACGGAGGUGUUGUCUGUAUUGAUGAGUUCGAUAAGAUGCGUGACGAGGAUCGAGUGGCUAUCCACGAAGCUAUGGAGCAGCAGACCAUUUCUAUUGCCAAGGCCGGUAUCACAACCAUUCUUAACUCGCGAACCUCUGUUCUGGCCGCCGCCAACCCGAUCUUCGGUCGUUACGAUGACCUGAAGACCCCCGGCGAGAAUAUCGACUUCCAGACCACCAUUCUUUCUCGUUUCGAUAUGAUCUUCAUUGUUCGUGACGACCAUGAGCGUGGCCGUGACGAGCGCAUUGCCCGUCACGUUAUGGGUGUGCACAUGGGUGGGCGUGGUUUAGAGGAACAGGUUGAGGCUGAGAUUCCCGUGGAGCAGAUGAAGCGCUACGUCAGCUACUGCCGCAGUCGCUGUGCCCCGCGUCUCUCUCCCGAGGCUGCUGAGAAGCUGUCCUCCCACUUCGUGUCCAUUCGCAAGCAGGUGCAUCGGACCGAGGUUGAAUCCAACACCCGCUCCUCCAUCCCUAUCACUGUGCGUCAGCUCGAGGCGAUCGUCCGUAUCACGGAGUCUCUGGCCAAGCUAUCUCUGUCACCUAUCGCCACUGAGACACACGUUGACGAGGCCAUUCGUCUCUUCUUGGCAUCGACGAUGGAUGCCAUCACUCAGGGUGAGGGCCAGCAAGGUAGCAAGGAACUCAUGGAGGAGGCCAGCCAGAUUGAAGAUGAGCUCAAGCGCCGCCUGCCCGUUGGGUGGAGCACUAGCUUGGCCACCCUGCGUCGCGAGUUUGUGGAUGGCAAGGGCCGCAGUGAACAAGCCCUCAACCGGGCGAUUAAUGUUCUGCAACGGCGCGAGACGGUGCAGAUCCGCUCGGGUGGUUCCCAGAUCUACCGUAACCAGGCUUAA